AUGUCAGUCAUCAUUGAUUCAAUCCAUCCUGCUGUACACAGGCGCUCUGAUAGGCCAUUUGGGGCAACACUAAACGCCAGUCCUCCAACAAUCUCGUGCCAUAAGCAGGAAAUAUCCAUUGAGGUCCAUCUUCGAGACAUCCUCCGGGCAUAUCAUGAAUUGAGAACGUCUUAUGUCUCAGCAGGAAGCAUAUGGAGAGAUCUUAUCGUCGUUUUCCUUCGACCGCUCCUUAUAGCAUAUUAUUCCGGUGAUGAUGUUGGUAAUGGAGGCGCUUACGUCUGGAAUACAGCGUUGUAUGAAGGCAUAAAAGGGAAGUACCACGGCUUAACCUUUCAUCGUGACGGCCCUGAAGGCUUGACUUUCGUCCCGAAGGUGAAUGAUUAUGGCCCCGUCCCGGCUAAUGAAGUCCGCCAGUCGCGCAAGUACUCAGUGUCCGUCCGUCUUGCCGGCAAGGGACAGUUCCAGGAUUCAUUUGUCUACGAAUCUAUUCCGCGGAAUGGAAAUGGAAAGAUGUAUGACCCGGCAAACCCUAGCCGGGAGUACGCCCUUCAAGACGGUGACGGUAUCACCGUUGGGCCAGACGCCAAAAUCAACAUGGCGUGGACCCAGUUCGAAUACUCCCAGGACGUCGAAGUCCGGGUCAAGUCGACCGAUAAUUCGAAGCUUGGUCCGGCAUCAAACGUUGUGAUCCGCCCUUCCCAAAUCAAGUACACCAUUAACCCCCCGGAUGCAAACACAGUUGCCAUACGCGUCCCGUAUGAGGCCAGCGGCCGAAGAUUUUCAGUUGAAUUUCAGAACGACCUUUACAUCUAUCGUACAAAUGGGCAAUCGACUGGUUCCAUCAAAGACUUCUUCGGACACUCAAGUCCUGAAGCCCGGGAAGAUGGCCACUUCGGCAGAAGCCAUAUCAUGUUAGAUCCCGAUACUAAUUACGUCUAUUUUGAGCCCGGAACAUAUAUCAAGGGUGCAUUUGAAUACACAACCUCGAAGGACGACUUUUAUACCAUCGGAUAUGGUGUAGUCUCUGGUGAAAACUAUGCAUACAUGGCAAAUACGGCCAAGGACUACGUUGCAGAGAAAGAUAAUCGAACUAGUCUUCGGAUCUUUACAAAAAGGAAUGGAAAGGAAAUUUCUAAUCAAGCCAAGUCACUCUCCGGGGGGGCUAUCCGUUCAUCUUUCAAGACAUCUACAUCAACCGAGAUGAGGAAUAUUUUAUUCAGCGCCAGACGAAUUAGGGGAGAGCUAAUGGCUCUGAAACGGGCAAGGAACUACAGUCUUCCACUCCUCUUGAGUCUCUCGGUCCUCGAUAAGGGGGAUGCAGAGCAGAGUCGGUGGCUGGGCGAGGUGGGUGAAACUCUUGGCAAGGGCGCCAUCACUGGUGGCGGUUGUCUUGGCGUCGGGGGUUGA